ACACAUACAAUAUACAAGCUUUUGACUGGUUGAAGUUGUGACAAGAAUAAAUACUUAGAUUUAAACUCCAGUCGGCCCUGAAAAGUAUUAAUCACGAAGAAGUCAAGUGUCAUUGGUUUCUGCUCUCUGUGUGUGGACUAACUGCAGCCACUAGGCGUGAGCGCAUGCCCCGGGACAGGUGGUUGCGACCCUAACCUGGUUGUGGUGCUGGGCUGGCGUGCAUCAUGCAUCGGAGGUCCUCGGGCGGCCGGCUGGCGCAGGAGUGGGUGGCGUCGCCGCGCUCCGCCGGAGAGCAGCAGCUGACCCACCAGCGCGACGUGAUUGUGCACCGCGACAACACCGGCUACGGCUUCACCGUGUCCGGCGACACGCCCGUCUCCGUGCUCAGCGUCAAACUAGAUGGACCGGCGGCUCGCGCCGGUGUUCAGAUGCUGGACAUCAUCGUCAAGGUGAACGGCAAGUCGGUCAACCAGCUCAACCACCAGCAGGUCGUCAGCUCCAUCACCUCCAGCUCGAGCGUACUGCUAACUCUGGAGAGCUGCCGCAGCCCGCCCAGAAUGCCGAACGGAGCUGCCAGCACGCCGCCGCAGCGGCCGCUGCCGCCCAUCCCCAACCAGCAGCGAGAGAUCACGGGGCCGCAGCCAGUGGAUGCGGUGUCGCGGCGCCACUGGGCCUACAAGAAGUCGCACACCAUCCAGCUCAUGCUGGAGGAAGAGGAGCGGCACGUAGACUCCCUGCGCGCCCAGCUGGCAGCCGCCACCGGUCGAGCGGGCGAUAGCGGCCGGCUGCGAACCGAGCUCAGCAACGCAGAGGCCUGCUGUCGACUGCUGCGGCAGCAGCUCGACUCGCUGUCUGGCCCGCCGGCCGGAGAGCCAGCCGCAGCGGCGUCCCCUCUGACGGCGGCAGCUGCUCGCUCCCCCACGGCCUCACUAUCCCCCGCCGACACACCGCCGCCACUGCCGCAACGUAACCGGGCGCACACGACGGCCGGCACGCCGCUGUCUGCGGCGGCCGCCGGCCGGCUGGACGUGCCGCCGGCGCUGCCGCCGCGCACCUACCGCACCGACACUGCCUCCGCCGCCGCUACCGGCGGCGCCACCACCGGGGACCUGCAGCGGUCCGCGUCCUCCGCUUCAGCGCAGAACAAGAGCACAUCGCCGGCUCGCGCGGCCGUCUCACCGACCCACCAGCGCACAAAGUCCUCACCGGACCCCAUCAGUCUGCGAGCGGCCAUCGCCAAACGACGCGAGAGUCCGCGGCGGCUGAGCGCGGCCGAGUCUAUGGGUGACCUGGGCUCGGGUCGGCACGCCCGGUCAUCACACCACGUGGCCGGGGACGCCGAUAGUCCGCUGUUCACCCCACCCGGCACACCGCCGCCGCCCUAUGGAGGAAGCACGUGUGAUGUGGCCUCUGCGACGGCGGCCGGCGACUGGGACAGAUUCGACCAUGAGCCCGGGUCGGCCGGCAGCGGCGGAGGUCGCUCCUCGGCCAGCCGUCGUGUGCCCUACACGCGCUCCUUCAGCCUGACCAGCGCGGCGCCUCGAACACCGGCAUCGAACGGCGCCUGCUGCCAGUCACCAGACGUCUCCGGCGGCCCUUUCUCGCCCUCACAGGUGUCCGCGACCGACACGUCUGGCUCCAGUCCCGGCAUGGUGCAGCGGGUGAACCAGCCACACAUCAUGUCCAUAGAGGACGACGACCUCUCCGAACAGGAGUGUGGUCAGGAGGACCACGGGCCUUUCAACAGUCUGAAUAACCUGCUGCACGAUCACGCUCACCUAGCUGUCUUUAUGAAUUAUGUGAUAUCCAACUGCGAUCCCUCGAGCCUGUUUUUCUACUUAAUCAGUGAUUUGUACAAAGAGGGCAAUGCGAAGGAUAUGCGCCGCUGGGCGUAUGAGAUUCACUCCACUUUCUUGGUGCCUGAUGCUGUGAUGCGGGUUAAUGGCAUUGAGGAGGGUUCCCUACUGAAGAUAGACGAGAUCCUCCUCCGUGACUUGGACAAGGAGGAGAAACUGCGCACGAUAUUCCAGCGGGCACGGGCGCGAGCGCGAGAGGACAUCAACGACCAGCUGGCCGAUUUCCGCGGGAAGCGGACGGCCGGCCUGGGGGCCAUGUUCGGCCCCAAGGACUCUGAGCUGGAGGAGGCGCGGCACGACAAGGCGCGCGAGGGCCGCAUCAUCGAGGACGUGCUGGUCAAACUGCUGGAGACCGUCCACCAGUCCUCUGAGCUGGAGAACGCCUCGGAGCAGACGCAGACCCAGGCGUCCAGCUUGGCCACCAUCCUCUACAAGUACUUCAACUACCGCAGCCCGAGCCUGCAGCAGAUCGUCGAGAGCUGCCCCCUGUUCGUCUCCAAGGAGCGCUCCUUCAAGUCCAAACUGCUCAACAGGCAUAAAAAGCCGCCGGUGGUGCGUGGUCACCAGUUCCAGCUGCACCAGUACUACAUCGUCACCGCCUGUAACGCCUGCCAGGACUCGAUCCGCGGAAUCAGCCCGCAGGGCUAUCAGUGCGCACACUGUGAGAUGAACAUCCACAAGGCGUGCCUGCGGACUGUGGAGGAACAGUGUGUGGGCGCCAUCCCGCGCCGCGGCGGCGACAAGAUCAGCAACCUCAUGGCCAAAAUCAUGCCCGAACAGAGGAAGAAGACGGGCAACAGCUUCAACCUAGGUCAGAGCGACCGGUCCAAGAGGACGAGGGACGACUCACCGGACCAGGCGAUUGCCGAGACCGACCCGGGCGCGUCUGGUGACCGGGCAGUCCCCGCGAGCGGCCGGCCCGACCAGCGGCGACCAGACACAGUCACAGAAAAGGAUGAGCGGCGCGGCGACGAGCCGCUCGACGGCGCCGACGUCGGCUCCACCAACAGCGGUCCGCCGCAGAUCGGGAAGAAGCCGGCGUCGACGGCCAUCACCCGGUCCGAGAGCUACCGGGACCACCGCAACAGUCGGAGACACACACGAGAGAAGAGGAAACACAGCGACCCGAACAUCCCCAGCUCCAAAGUCAGUGAUGUCGAUCUCGACAGUCAGGGACUAUGCAACAACAACCACUCUGGGAGUUCGUCCAACUCCAGCCUCUCGGCACGCCAGGAGAGCCCGUCGGCGUCUCUGGACACGGUGUCGGUCGGGGGCCGGGUGGCCGGCACCCUGGCAGAGGGCACACCCGGCUGGGACUCGGAUAUGGAGGUGGACGCCGACCCGCCCGACUGGCAGCGCUCCAUUGACGCCGAGACCCGCCGCCACCUCCGGCCCAAGGAGAAACAGCGGCUCGAUGUCGUCAACGAGCUGUUCCACACAGAACGAACCCACGUUCGAAAUCUGAAGGUGUUGGUUCAUCUGUUUAACCGGCCGAUGAUCAACCUCAACAUUCUGCAACCCAACGACAUCAACCUGCUGUUCGGUAACCUCGAAGAAUUGUUGGAGAUUCACUCGAGGUUUAACGCGGCAAUGAAGAAGCGGCAGAAGGAGGACCCCAUGAUGGAGAAAGUCGGCGACAUUCUCGUCAACAUGUUCGAAGGCGAACAGGGCGAGAGCUUCAAGACGGCGGCGGCCGCCUUCUGCCGGUGUCAGUCGAUCGCGCUGGAGAAGCUGAAGACGCUCCAGAAGCGCGACCAGCGGCUGGCGGCGUUCCUGGCGGAGGCGGAGAGCGACCCGGUCUGCCGACGACUGCAGCUCAAGGACAUCCUGCCGACGGCCAUGCAGCGGCUGACCAAGUAUCCGCUGCUGCUGACCAACCUGGCCAAGUACACGGUCCGCGGCUCCGAGGACCACGCGCUCGUACUGCGCUGCUGUGAGAAGAGCAAGGCCAUCCUGGAGCAUGUCAACAAGGUCAAGGGUGAGACGGAGCGGCACGAGCGGCUGGUCGAGAUCCAGAACAAGCUGGAACAGAACGGCUUCAGCCGCGUCGACAACCCCAUCGUCAACGAGUUCAACGGCAGGCUAGACCUCACCAAGUACCGGAUGGUGCACGAGGGACCCGUCAUGUGGAAGUUCAGUAACAAAGGAAAGCACGUGGAGCUGCACAUGAUCCUGCUGGAGGAGUUCAUCGUGCUACUGCAGAAACAGGACGACAAAUACGUGCUCAAAUUCCACACCGUGACCGGGCGGGAGAUCAGCCCCAUCGUCAAAAACGAGAACAUCCUCGUACGACCAAUGGCCACAGAGAAACGCGCCUUCUUCAUCCUCCAUAAUCUGAACGUGGGUCCUCAGAUCUACGAACUACUAUUCGCCAGCUCCAGCGAGCGAGACCAGUGAGU